GGAUACACACAACAAAAGUAUUUCAAAAAUGCCACGGCAAGAACGAGACUCACCUCAUGGUUCGACCCUUAUGUCCACGUCAGCGUCAUGAAAGUCAAGUCCUUUGUGGUGGAGGAGAACAAGAAGAUCUUGAUGUUGUUGUUGUUCAUGGUCUUUGGAAAGUAGGAGAGUUGGUGGAUUGGUGGAAAGACGAUUGCUAUUGGUCUGGUACGGUUCGAGAAGUGAAUGAAGAAUAUGAAACUGUGAAGUUGUUGCCUAAACCUUAUGAAGGAGGUAGCUACGAUGCUGUGUUUAAAGAUUUGCGUCCUUCGUUGGAGUGGUCACUUGAAGAUGGAUGGAUUGUGCCUUUCUCUAAGGAUGGGGAAAAGAGGCAGUGUGCUAUCAGAGAAGAAGAAAGGUGA